UUUUUGAUGUUUGGAUUUGACAGCAGCAUUCGUGAAACAGAUCGUCGCAUUCACCUGAAAUAGAAUUUGUUUAUUAUAUUUAACCCAUUUUGUUUGGGUUACUACGAGUAACUGUAGAAGAUGAAAGCUGUACGAGGUUUAAGUAGGCUUAGUGUAUUAAAUAUAAAUAAGUUUAAUAUAUGUUAUCGGGAUAUUUCAUCGAGACUGCAGGUGCGACAUAGUGCCACUUUAUUAAAAACACAUUUUAAGUUGUUAGCACCUACAGCAGUUAAAAUUAGGAGUUUGGGGCUUGGACCAACUUCUAAAGAUUUCGACGAUCAGGUACAGGGACAAAUUACUAGCCCUUUGACAAAAUUACACGCUAAUGAACUUGUGCUACACUUAAACGACGAGGAAAGAAAAGUGUUGCUCUACGCUUUACAACAAUAUGAAUCUAAAAGAAUUAAGGAAGAAUAUGAAGAUAAACUAGCUGGUAGAAGGUGGCGUAGCAAGUUAGGGAGACCAAGCAAAGUACCAACAUUAGGAGAUGUAGAUCCCACUGGUUCAUACUGUGAGGUACCAGAGGACUGGCUCAAGAAAAAGUAUGCCGCCAAGGUGCCAGCACCCACCACUAAGGAGCUGUUACACUUAUCCCUGGCAAAUUCAAUACCGUUUAUUGGAUUUGGUUUCUUGGAUAACUUCAUCAUGAUCAUUGCUGGUGACAGCAUAGAAACAGGGAUGAGUGCAUACAUUACCCUUUCAACAAUGGCUGCUGCGGCGUUGGGCAACACGCUUAGUGACGUCAUCGGCAUCGGUUCUGCUUACUACGUAGAACGAGUCGCCUCAUGGGUAGGCUUGGGAGCACCUAAACUGUCUCCUGCACAGCUGGAUAUGAACAUCUCCAGACAGUUCUCAAACUUGGGACGAGUUCUUGGUAUCACAAUAGGCUGCAUUCUGGGAAUGACGCCACUGCUCUUCAUCGAUGAAGACUCAAAACCAGAACAGAAAAAUGACGAGAAAAAAUCUAAAUAGAUAAACAAAAACAUAUCUUUAUCGAACUGUUACUUACAGGAUUUUGUCCUAUCCUUGAGCUAGUAACAAAAUUUAGGGAAAACUAAAUUGUGUAUAUUGUCUUAGUUUUGUAAAUACUAUUUUUUUUAAUUUUUAAAUCUUUAUUUUAUAAAAAGGGUUUGUAAAUACUAUGAAGUGCAAUAUUUAACGGAAAAACAAAUUUAUCUUUAUACAUUGGAUCUAUACUAUGAGUGCGAAUUUUAUUAAAAGUAUGCGUUGCUUUCAUUAUCCUAAACGUGACUAUAAUCUCUGAGAAACUUUUAUUUAGGAGAGUGUAACAUUUUCCUAUAUCUGACGCUACCACUACAUGCUUGCAGCGUAAUCUAUAGUGGCUUGGGUUUUAUGACACUUCUAUAAAGACAAUCAUGUACGACCCUAGUGUAAGUAUUUUAGAAGAAUUUACUAAUAUCACCUCUGACUGAGGACCACAUCAGUAGUACUUUAUAACGAAUGACCUAUGUAGGCCUAAUAAAAUAUGUUGUUUUCACUUCUACAGUCAAGUGUUUACACUUAUGUAAUAUAUGUUAUUAACAACCUUGUAAAGUUAGGCUGGUGCACUGUCAUUUAAGAUUUGACCAAACUUGACGUUAUAGGUAUAUCAUCGUUAUGCAUAGUAAAUAUGAUAGGUAUUUGUCGCCAUAAUCAUGUGUAUCCAGGAGAUACAGUUAAAAAGUUAUGAAUUAAUAUACACAGACAAUGAGCGAAAAGAGAUGCUUUUGUAUUCUCUGUUAGAAUUCUUUUUUCGGUUGAAAUUUCGGAGAAGUUCUUGUAUGAAAAUACGAAGUAUUUUUUUUACUUAGAUGUCUAAUGAUGAAGCGAUGUCAGCAAAUAAUAGACUAAGUUCAUAUGACUUUUCCCCGCACCGGACUCGUCCUGGAGUUGCGGGUAUCAAUGGGCGGCGGUGAUAGGCUUACAAUUUACAAACGGUAAAAGGCCCGCUCGUUUUCCCUAUGUUAACAAAAAAUGAAGUGUUCGCUAUAUCUUCCCACGUAUCGCUAUACACAUGUAUGUGUUACUAAUAACAUAUGAGUUUUACAACAUAUUCUGUAUCUAUGAAAUGUGUUUAAGUGAAACAUAUUAAUUUAAAUAAUAGGAUAUCACAAAAAUGUUACUAUUAUUGUAGGAUUUAGUAAUAAGUACUUUAUAAAAGUAGAAAUAAUGUUGGAUAAUUUAUUUAUAAUAGCUAUCUAUGUUUGCUUUAUUUAAUAUUUUUCAGUGAGAGCCUUGCUGCUGUCACCCACCCGCUUGCGCCAGGUUAGCUAGAUAAACAGAUACCUACAUUUUAUGUCUAACUAAUCAACUAUGUAUUUUAAAAAGGUUGAGUGAUCAUAUCAAUGUCCAGUAUGUUAGGAGACAGCAUGGCGAUGGGGUGGAAGUUUUCUUUGGUGUUUAUGUACAUUUCUUGCCAUUGAUUGCUCUCAAGCAAUAAGUAUUAAGCUAUACCUAUUUAGUUUGAGUUGAUUUAAAUACCCUUGGACGCUUUAUGAGGCAUUAUUUAAUCGCACAGAUAUACAUAUUACUUGGUACAAACUGCAUAUUAGUAAUAUUACCUAAUAAAAUAAGACUUAGUCUCUGUAUACAGAUGACUUUUAAAAGUGGAAAAAAUGUAAAUAUUAAUUAUUGAAAUUUCGUUAAUGAUUUUGGUUAUAAGGGCGUUUAUGAAGCUGAAAGUACUAAAUAUUCUCCACUCCAACUUCUUGAGGGACUCAAUUCCCAAAUCCGUAAUCCUUUAAUUAUCAUCAGGUGAUCAUCCGUGAACCGCCCUAUUCCAUAUUAAAGUGAUCCUGGCUGAAACUAGUCGAAUACAUUGAUUUAAAGUGAUAAACAUAUUAAAACAAAUAGCUCAAUAUCAAGCACAAUCGUUGUCUCUAGUCAAUGCAGUGAAAUUUGUAUAUACUUGUAUAGUGAAUUGAUUGUAUUAGUACAAAAGUUUGGACUAUUCUCAUUUCAAGCCGUGUUCCUUCGUGAAACACUUCAACUUUCACUAGUGUACAUUACUCUAUUGUAUAUUGGUGAAUGCAAUUAUGCUUCAAUGUGUUUCCAUUGCUAAUAUCAAUAUACAUACCUUUGUCUAGACAUGUAUAAACCAGGUUUAUAUUACUCAACAGAUAUGCUUCGUCACUAAAUUCAUUAUUUUCUUAGAAGCGCUAGCUUAGCUGCCACUUUGAUAUAAUUAUUUGAUAAACUUUGGCAGAUAGUUCAUACAAAUUACGUUCUAUAUUCAAAAUCUGGUAUAUAGCCGCAAACUAGACAUUAUGAAACAGUAUGUCAACGUUUUGUUUAUUUUGUGACUUAGUAAUGUAUAGGUUAAUGUAUCUACGCAGUAUUUUAACCAAAAACUAAGUUAUAAGUGAAUUAUUGUAUUAAAGUAUUUAAUGUUUGAAAUCGUUAAUAUUGUUUAUCAGAAUGUUGUAUGCGUGUUUUAUUCUUUGUCAUUUCUCGGUGGAAUUAAUAAAUAGAUACAAUUAUACA